UUUCCUAAAUAAACCACCAUCCCCCCAAACCCCACUUGCCUAGGCAUUUUUCUUUUCAUUUACUCCAUAUAGAUCUUCAUAUCUUCAGAUCUCAUCAAACUGAGACAAUCUCUCUCCCAAGCAUCCCAUAGAGCAAAAAAGCCAAAAUGUUCAGUCUUGGCCACGAUCAUCAUCUUCCCCAGAAGUCCUUCCAAAUUAAGCAGGAUGACAAGUUCUUCUCUAGGCUUCUUUCCAAAGAAACCUCAUCAUCAAAAGCUGAAGCAUCUUGCAGAGUCCUCUACUAUGGAGGAGCUUGUGGUUCAGUACCAUUCAUGUGGGAGUCUCAGCCAGGUACCCCUAAAAACCCAUUAUCUGACACUUCUCUGCCUCCUCUUACUCCUCCACCUUCCUAUAAAUUCAGUCCUAAACCCAAAACCAAGUCCAUGCAAAAGCCUUCAAAACCAAGUUUUCUCUUCACCAUUUUCUCUAGAAAAAGCAUUGCCUCCAAGAAAGAUCAUGUGUCACCGCCAUCGUUGUCGUCAUCUUCCAUAUCAUCGUCGUACUCAUCGGAAUCAUUUUCAUCUCCAUCCAUUCCCAUGAUGAAUCAUCGUCGAUCGACAGUCCAUUUUGGAGCUGAUGAUGGUGAUGAAGAUCAGAACGGAUCUCCUACCUCAAUUUUGUGCUGUGGUGUUAGAAAUGGAUUUUCCAAGGAGUUUCGCGGUAGCCGGUCCAAAGUGAACAUCAAGUACCCAUUGUAAAACAAAAUGUGACUAACAUAGAAGAAAAUCACAGAAUGAAACACAUACGCUAAUACGUCUUCGAGCCUCAUACAAACAUAUUAGUGUUUGGGUCUGUGAUUUGUUUAUGUGUUGGAAGCAUUGGUGUGCAUUGGAAACCAUGGUGCAUGUGGCUUGAAACUUGAAAUUUCCUCCACGACGUGGAUUUUUGUACAUUAUAUAGCAUCUUGAUUAGUGUUUAUGGGUCAACGUUUUGUGUUGGCUUUGGAUACCAAAACUACUAAGGGAACAAGAACAUUUGUUGCGAUGAUUCAAGUGCUUGUGUGAAUGCAAUCCGUAGUGUUCAAUUUUCUAA